CUCGCGCUUCGGUAUCUCCGCCAUUUCCUUCUUGAAAUCUCCGCUCCUCCCCCGGUCCGAUCUCUUCGCUCCGUUCUGUCACUGGUCUCUUCCCUCUCCCUCUGCUUUCCUUUUGUUCCUCGCUGAGAUCUUGGAGCCCUGGUCUGAUGGCGUCUAUCUCUGUUCCCUGCCCCAAGUGCUCUGUGACUGCUCGGUAUGGCGCGUGGAGUCGGAAUUGGAUUAGAAAGUCCACUCCGCCGGACUCGUUUUUGAAGCCAGCGCCCGAGCCCUCUUCGCUUUCUGGAUCUGCUUGGGUUCUUUCGUCAAAGGUUCCUAGUCGUCGACAUUUUCCCAUUCUAAAGGCCCAUUUUCAGGAGGUUGCUGUUGUGAGUUCAUCAAAUUCUUCGUCUUUGGUAUCAACAAAGUCAGAGUCUACACCAAUUAAAGGUGAAGAUUCUAGUAUGGUGGAGGAAUCUGCUAAUGAAGAUGCGGUAACAGAUACCACCAUAUCUGCAUUUAUGGCUGAAGUCUCAAAUCUUGUUAAGCUUGUGGAUUCAAAAGAUAUAACAGAAUUGCAUCUAAAGACGGAAGCAUGCGAUCUCCUAAUACGAAAAAAGGAGGCUUUGCCUCAGCCGCCAGUUGCCUCCGCUCCUGUAAUAAUGCAGUAUCCACAAACUAUGCUUCCACCUCAGCCUUCAGCUCAUGUUUUUCCUUCUGCACAAUCAAAUCCUGUUGCAGCAUCUCCAGCACCAGCACUUCCGCCUCCACCAACAACUGGAAGCAAGUCAUCACUUCCACCCCUGAAAAGCCCCAUGGCAGGCACAUUUUAUAGAUGCCCAGCUCCUGGGGAGCCUCCAUUUGUUAAGGCUGGGGACAAAGUCCAAAAAGGACAGGUGGUUUGCAUCAUCGAGGCUAUGAAAUUGAUGAAUGAGAUUGAGGCUGAUCAAUCUGGAACAGUAGUCGAGAUACUCGCAGAGGAUGGAAAGCCAGUUAGCGUUGACACGCCUUUACUUGUAAUUCAGCCCUGAAAGGUCAGAAGCAUACUUAGUUUUACAUUUAUCUGUCACACAUUUAUAUUAUCACCUUUCGCUGUGCAGUUCUGCACAUCGCAAUUGCUUGUUUGAUUUCAUUGUCAAAUCUACUCAAGAAUUAAGGUAAAAUGAUGGUCCAAUGUGCUUGGUAGCUAGGUGGUGGAAGCUUCACGAAAUCUGCAAGAAAACAGUUUGUUCCAAAUAUCUUCUACUAAAGAAACCCUGUUAUGUAAGAUUCAAAGACGAGAUCAAUUUGUAAUUUCUGUUGCCUUGAGUGUUAUAUGAGAUGCGUUACAUGCAUGAAAAUUUAUGAA